AUGUACAACGGGAAAAAGAAAAAAAACAAUACAUCAAAAAAUACAAAAACAUAAAAGCAAAAAAAUUGUAUUGGAAAAUCAAGAUUCUGGUUAUCUAGAGAAGUCUGCGGUGUUAAAAGUUGAUUCUAAUACGGAAGGUAAUGUUUCGUUACAGGUUGUUGAACCAACGAAAAAGCGUGAUUCUUCCAAAAUGUGUAAAUCUACAACUAAACUUACUUCCUCCAUAAUAUGUGGCAUAAUUUUCGCUUCAUCCGAGACACACAUAAUCAAAUUUCAAUGUAAGAAAUGUCGUAAAUUAAUGUAUGAUAUUGAUAACUUUUCAAAGCAUCUGCAUAAAGUACAUGGUAUUUUAUCUUUGAACGAAUUUUCAUCCGAUUUGAAGUCAAUACUUGAUACUCCAAGUAAGAAAGAAUUGCGUCCAGAUAAGAAUUUGGUUUUUAAGCAAUGUGGAAAAGUUGAGCUGAUCGAUGGCAACAAACUGUGCUUUGCAUGCACUUUAUGCAAUAAAUUCAAUUAUACUGACUUGAACCUAUUACAUAGUCAUCUAAAAGAACGCCACACAUGCUCUGUGACAGAUGGUAGCGAUCUUACUCAUUUACAAAGGGUAGAGGUCAAAGGUGAAGUUUUUAUUAUAAAACAUUUAAAGAAACCAGUAGAUAAAGCGAAGGAAGACAAUUGUACUGAAAUGGAAGUUUCCACCUCCUUACCAACACUAAUCUCAAGUCAAAAUAAAGAUGAAUUGGCUGAAGAUUUUAGUGAAGUUAGUUCUUUACCAAUACCUGCGCCAGAUACUCCACCACCAGAAAGUGAUGAUCUUAUUAAACACAAUGCUACACAUAUACCAGCUGAUCAAAAUGAUAAGUAUAAGACGACCACUCAAAGGAAGAUUAAAAAGCAAACAACCAGAAAAUCAAUAAAUUUGAAACAAAGUGAAACCGCUAUUACGUCUUUAAAGAAAUCUGAAAAAAUUAUUGUGAAAAAACCUAUUUCCAUGAAACCAAUCAAACUAUCCUUAACUGAGUUGUUCAAGCCGACCAAACUUAAAACGAAAUUAGCUGCAACAAUUAAGCCAAAUUUAAAACAAACUACUUUGUUUGAUAUUGUAAGUUUUACUAAAAUGGACACCACUCUUACUAAUAGUACGAAGGAACAAACAAUAGUUAAUAAAAAGCCACCAAAAAAUGUUCUUAUACCGAAAGUAGUUGAGAACACAACUUCACCGUCUGUUGUACCUAAAGACUUAAGGCAACAAUCACAAACUUUAACUGUUGAUGAUAAAAUAAAUGUCUGUAUGUCCUCCGACGUACAUAACGAUUUAAAACAAAAAUCACCAGCUAUUCAUAUUGAUAAUGACAUACCAGUUCCAAAGAAUCUAACGCAAAAACCAUUGGCUUUGUAUGUUGAUAAUGGAAUGAAUAAGUUUACACAACCGGAUCCAAGUAAUAACUUAACCAAACAAGUAUCAGUUAUGGCUGUUAAUAAAAAAAUGAUCGAUUUGUUACCACAUAAAUCUAAGGAGUUAAAGCGAAUACCAACAGCUUUGCCUAUUGAUAACCAAAUGGAUGUGGACUUAAUGAAAAAAAAAUUGGUUGUGCAUGCAGCAAAUAAAGUUGAUAAAUUUAUGUUACCGGUUCCAUCUAAUAUUUUAACGCAACCACGAUCAGUUCUAUCCAGCGAUUUAGAGCAAAAAUCACCGUUUUUGCCUGUUGAUAACAAAGUGGACGUUCAAAACAAUUUAACGCAAAAGUCAUCGGAUUUACAUGCUGAUAAUAAAAUGGAUGUAAUUAUAUUACCAGAUUCAUCUAAUAAUUUAACACAAAAACCAUCAAUUUCGGUUGUUAAUAGUGAUAUUUUAUCACAUUUUACUAAGGAUUUUCAUCAGCAAAAAUCAUCAGCUUUGCCUGUUGAUAAUAAAGUGCAUGUCAAUAUGCAACUUAAUGUUUCAAACAAUUUAAUGCCAAAAUCAAUGGAUAAUCUCAUAUUACCUGAUUCAUCUAACGACUUAACACAAAAAUCACCAGUUUCGUUUCUACCUAAGGACUCAAAACAAAUAUCACCAACUUUACUUGAAGAUAAAAAAAUUCAUUUAACUGUCGAUGACAAAAUAGUUGCCGAUAUGGAAUCUCAUCUUUCGAACAAUAUAAUGCAAAAGCCACCUUCUCCACCAGAAUCAGUUAAAAGUUUUGAACAAAUUCUUUAUGUUAUAACUGAAUUGAAUGAAAACUCUAGUAAAUCGCAAUUAGAUGCAAGCAAUAAGGAAGGUAAAUCAACCAAACAAACUUAUAAGAAAUGCAAUACUAUAGAGCCUCCAACCCAAUUGAUGGAUCAAAAUAAAGAGACCACAAAACCUGAAAAGAGAACCUAUAACAAAAAAGCAAAUGAUAUUCGUUUGACAUGUGAAAUUUGUUCCAGGACAUUUAAGAAAAAUUCUCGCCUAGCCGAACAUAAACGUUUACAUAGUGGCGAGAAACCUUACGCUUGCGAUAUAUGCGGCAAAAGUUUUCGCAUUAAAAGACGACUGACAGAGCACAAAAUGCGUCAUCGUAAGGAAAAGACUUUCAAAUGUGAAAAAUGUGAACUCGCGUUCGUACUGAAACAGGAUUACACUUUGCAUAUGCGUCAUCAUACUGGCGAUAGGCGACAUCAAUGUACAAUGUGUUCCAAAGCCUUUGUGCGUAGUGUCGACUUAACAAUACAUAAACGGGUACAUACUGGUGAAAAACCGUUCGCGUGCGAAAUUUGUGGUAGAACAUUCCGAGCCAAUCAAAAUCUCUUUGUCCAUCGUCGUUCACAUCUUGGUGAGAAGAAUUUCAAAUGCGAACAUUGUGAUAAGACCUUUUUGCGUAACAUUGAUCGGAAAGUUCAUAUGCGUACACACACAGGAGAGAAACCUUUUAAAUGUGAAAUUUGUGGACGUGGGUACUCGUCACGUGUACAUGUGCGCUCGCAUAUAGAACGAGAGCAUAUGGGUAAUGAAAAUAAAAAUAAAUCAUCUACUCGUAAACCUUAUGUUAAAAAAAAUAAGAAAGUGGUUCAGCAGAAUAAUGUCUUAGAAGUAAAUGACAAGAAAUUAAUAAAAACUAGAAGUAGUAGUAAGCCAACUGAAUUGGAUGCAACAGUGGUGAGGAUGGAUAAUUCUGAAGACAGUGAAAAUUUGCAAGAGAUGCAAUCGAUGCUAAAAAAAGAACAGAAGGAUUUAUCUAUAAAUUGUUUUAAGUCACAAGUUUCUGUGACAUUAUCAAUGCAAGUGGAGAAAUUGCCAGUGUUGACGGUGCCAAAGAAUGAGAAUGAUAGCUCUAUCUUGAGAAAUGGUAAUGCAACUCCUUCUGCUCUUGCAAGGAAAUAAAUACUUAUUUGAAAUAUGUGUUAAUAUUGACAUACAAUCACACACAAAAAAAAAACUGCUUAAAC